GGGGCGGAGCGAGCCAUGGAGGAGGACUGCGAGGAGGCGGAGUUCUGCCUGACGGCGCUCUACAUAAGCGGCCCGUGGCCGCGGCUGCGCGCUCCUGCUGACCUUCAGUGUGCCGGCACCACCGCCAUGGCGCCCUCCAGGAAGUUCUUCGUGGGGGGGAACUGGAAGAUGAACGGGCGCAAGAACAACCUAGGGGAGCUCAUCAAUACCCUGAAUGCCGCCAAGCUGCCGGCCGACACUGAGGUGGUGUGCGCGCCCCCCACCGCCUACAUCGACUUCGCCAGGCAGAAGCUGGAUCCCAAGAUCGCAGUGGCUGCGCAGAACUGCUACAAAGUAACUAACGGAGCCUUCACUGGGGAGAUCAGCCCUGGCAUGAUCAAGGACUGUGGAGCCACGUGGGUGGUCCUGGGCCACUCCGAGAGAAGGCACGUCUUUGGAGAGUCAGAUGAGCUGAUUGGACAGAAAGUGGCCCAUGCGCUGGCAGAGGGGCUCGGGGUGAUCGCCUGCAUCGGGGAAAAGCUGGACGAGAGGGAAGCUGGCAUCACUGAGAAGGUCGUUUUCGAGCAAACCAAGGUCAUCGCAGAUAACGUGAAAGAUUGGAGCAAGGUGGUCCUGGCCUAUGAACCUGUCUGGGCCAUUGGUACUGGCAAGACCGCAACGCCUCAACAGGCCCAGGAAGUACACGAAAAGCUCCGGGGAUGGCUUAAGUCCAACAUCUCUGACACAGUGGCUCAGAGCACCCGUAUCAUUUAUGGAGGCUCUGUGACUGGGGCAACCUGCAAGGAGCUGGCCAGCCAGCCUGAUGUGGACGGCUUCCUGGUGGGCGGAGCUUCGCUCAAGCCUGAAUUUGUGGAUAUCAUCAAUGCCAAACAAUGAGCCCCUCCCAUUCCUAAGCCAGGGAUUAGGUAGCCCAGAGGCUCCGCUGUGCUCCUUGCCCCUGCACAUGCUUCCAAUGGUGUCUGCUGCCCCUCCUGGCCUCCGCCAGGCCACCCACCACCAUGUUUACACCCCUCUGCUACAAUGGCUGGGACCAGGCCCAUCUCCACUUGCUGUAGUUGAAACCAAGCAUGUCACCAAGGUGGCAUCUUCUUGACUGAGGGGUGGAGUUUGCUUGGGGAGGGGUGUGUGAGAGGGCUCCCCGCAUACUCCAGUGAGGACAGGAGAAGCCAUCCUCCUUCCGCCUCACACCAGGAGACUGAGAGCUGAGAGGAAACCCAGUUGUCUGCCCACUCCACCCCACCCCCAGAGACCAGGGGCAUCACCAUCUCCCAUGGUGCCAACACCUGUGUGUGUUGUGUAUGUGAGCAGUCCCUUGUGCAGUGGCAAUAAACACCUGGCUUAAGGCCCCA